GAAGUACUAGAAAACGAAAAAAAAAUACGAAAACUUUAAUAAAUGGUAAUAUUAUUGAUAUUAUGAACUAAUUCAAAUCUUUAAUCUUUCUAAAUAAAUUAUAAACGUAACGUGAUGAAAACGCUAUAAGAAACACAUAGAGGGAUCAGACUUUGACAAAACACCGGAUAUCUUCGCUAAUUAUUUUCUAUUCAAAUUAUUAAAAGAUUUUCAGAUGAUUUCAUCACUCCAGUCUGUCCGGUUGAGGGCUUAUUGCAAACAUAAACACCUACGUUUAUCUUCAAAUGGUGUCUUCGACGACGGUAUACUACGGUCAUCUAUUUUGGCAUUCCUAUUCUGACACUCAACAGCACAACAAAAUAUUUUCUAGUGAGUUAUAUUGUUCGUUUCACUCAUUCAUUUCCACUUUUUUUUGCCACCCCAUGCGCACGUGACGUAACUGUGACGUCGACUCGCAAGAGAGCGCGAGAGAGGGAACGCGAUAGAGGGAGUGAGCGAAAUGCAAAAUCGUCAUGCCUCACUGAAAGGAAGAAUUGAUUGAAGUUUUCCAAAAUCCCUUCCAAUAGAUGGAGAAAAUGCUAAAAAAAGGGAUUAUAGCACCCCCAUUGUGUGGUCCUGGGGAGAACAGCAGCGAAGGAGGAGCUUUCAUAGGUGAAGUUUUGGUGUGCAUUUUUUGAAUUGUACUGCAUUAGUGAUCAGCUUGAUAUCGACUAGCUGGGGACAUGAACACUACAGGUGCUCAGUCAGGUCAAGUUGUGUCGAAGAUUGGCCGAAAAACUUUUGUAGUUGAGAGAGGGUUGAAGGUGUGUCUUUUGAGUGACUCUAUAUGCCGCGGAGUUGAGGAUCACAUCAAUAAUAUCCAGGCAUUUGUGCAUCCUGGUACAAAUUUGAGUCGCAGUUUGGGCCAGCAUGUUUGGCAUUUUGAUAAAAUAACGGGCUCCAUGUUGGUCUUGAUUAACAUUGGAUCAAAUGAUAUUGCUAGUGGUAUCAGACCUCAGGAUCUAGUGGAUAAGAUGUUGGCGUUGAUCAACCGCAUUCAAGAUGGUCAUCAGGAGCCAAUGUACUUUGCUGUGUGUGCAGUGUUGCCACGGCCUUUGGAUGACUUGCAGAAAAAGAAUGUGGUGAAAGAGUGCAAUGCCUUACUGGAACAUUGUUUUGAGAGUUGGGAGAAUGUGGCGUUUCUGCGUACAAACUCCGUUUUUUUGUCUAGAGGACAAAUUGUUCAGCAGUUGUAUGGGAGGGAUGGGUUGCAUUUAAAUAUGCAGGGUAAGCAGAAGUUGUUUGGCUAUAUAAACAGAUUUUUGUGGCAUUUUUGUAGACAUAAGUAAAUUAAUAAAGUAAUUAAAUAAAAAAUGUGUCACAGGUAUUGUUUUGCUGUUUAUUUGUGUGUGAGUGAGUGGGAGAGCAGAAAAUAAUUGUUAAAAUAAAGUUUUUAAAACAUGAAUUUAAGUUGCUUGAUGGAGUACAGAAACUGGAUUAAAGGAUCAAGAACGAACUGCACUUUAUUGUCUGUGUCAAUCAAUAGUCAAAACCUUUGUUCUUACAGAGGUUCUUUUAUAAAAGGUAAAAGUGGAAAUCAUGGAUUACUUAGCAUUAUUAGACAAAAGAAACAAGUAAACAACUUAGGUAAAAUGUGGUUACUUAGGUGAUAGACAAUGGAAUGAAACCAAGGGUAUAAGAGAGAACUAUUUGUGUCAUGUAAUAAAAUGUUAUAUAAAAAGUAACAAGGGACCAGCAGGUCACAGUGUUAUAGCUGGAAAUGUAGUAAGGAGACAAGUAGUAAAAUGGAAUAAAACUAACAAUUAAACUUAGUAUUAUGUAUUGUUAUUAUUACUAUUAAACAUUAAUAUGAAUAUAAUUGAUAAGUGUAGGUGAACAUGUUACGGAGGUAACCUUAACAAUUAAAUAAAAAUUAUAGUGAAUAAAAUGAGGUUGGUUUUAUAUAAUUAUGUGGUGGAAAUUACUGUAUUAGUAUGCAUCUUGUAUUUUUCAUGUUUGUUUGUUUAAUUGAAUUUUCGUUUGUUUAUUUUUUUCAAAUAUGUACAGUUUUUCAAGUUUGAUUUUUUUUUAGUCGCAUACCGGAAGUAUUUAUUUAAAAUUUUGAAAUGUAUGCGCUGUUUUCCGUGAUUUACGCGGGAUUGGCGUUUCUACUGGUUCUAUAGUGUCACGUCAUUCAGUCGUGAAAGUAAGUUUAAGCAGGAGUACGUGGUGGCUGUUUGUUAAGACUUUGGUAUGAUUUUGCGUUUGAUUUGUAUUAUAACUUUGUUAAUGAAGUAUACAUGUG